GUUUUAAGAAAAUGAAUGCAUUAACACAAAACUUUGUUAGCAAUGAAUCAUCUUGCUUCUUUGCUAACAUUUUGAAGCAGUCUCCUUUGGGUGAACCUCAAACACAAGACAGGACUGGUUAUACUGGAAACACUUUCUCAGAACUUGUGGAAAUGGCUUUAAAUCAGCAAAAAGUAAGGAACAGCCAUACUCAGAAGGCUAAUAAGUACUUGGACCAAAGUAACCAGUUCAGGGAGGAAUCUUCCUUAUUCUCCUAUGCUGAUGACUGUGAUCUGGAGAAUAAUUUUACAGAAGAAGAUGUCUCUAUUUCAAAAACUAAAACUUCUGCAUUUUCAUCCAAUCCUCUUACGAUCAACAAAGGAAGUGUAAAAACACAAGAUAAGGAAUCUUUCUUGUCAAAAGUGGGAAAAUCUAGUCCCCAACCAAAGCCAGCCACAGUUGAUAUUUCUAGUGAAAAGGAAGAGUUCUCCUUCAGGAAUGCAAUGAAUAACAACUCUACCUUUUCAUGAAGAUUUGGGGAAUCAGUGGUUCCAGAGAAUGAUGGGAAGAGGAAAUCUCUCUUUAAGCCUCAGAGCAAGUUCAAGAGAAGUAAGAGAUCUGUUUCACGUAGAGGAAAGAAAGUUAGGAAGACCAGAGCUAUCAGUGAAGCUAGGUCAAGCAAAUCGGAGGAUGUGGCUAGAUCACCUAUUAUCAAAGGAAAAUUUAGGGUCUGAAAUCAAUUUGGCAGAAGGAACUUGUUCCUUGAGUCUUAAUAUUC